AUGACCUACUCAGCAGACAGCCCUUUGCACAAAGCAACCUUGCCUGUAUGCCUGCGCGAGGACGCGUCGCCAGCACGGAGAUAUGCUGUUCCCGUCCAGUUCAAAGAGAACCAGAACAACAUGCCCUGA